AAAAAAAAAAUACAAACAAAUAUUUCAAAUUCCUAUCAAUUCUAUUUCCAUUCAUCUUCUCUCCACCAAGGAAUUCAAAAAACAAUUAAAGCUUCUACUCUAUCACAUGUUGUUUCCACAUUUUUUGUUGAAAGAAUUCGAAAGACAAUCAAAGAUUCUACCUAUCACCUCUUGUUUCCAUAUUCUUUUGUUGAAAGGUAUGGCUAACCGCAGACAAAACAGAAAUUCGUCCGUGCAAGAAGAUACAAAUUUUCCUACAGAAACAUCAACACGGAUCGAAGAAACUUUCAAAUGGACUUAUAAUCGAGAAAGAAUAUUUAUUGAUUUGUACGAUCAAGCAAUUGCCAUGGAUGGUUACCGCUUCAAAGAUCCUACACCCCUUGGAAGAGAGUUCUUGGUUGAAAAAUUCAACAAGGAGUUCAAUCUAAAUAUAAACUAUCGGUUUUUUAAAGAAAAACUUGAGCAACUAAAAAGAAAAUAUAAGAAGUACAAGCAACUUCUGCAAGGUUCUACGGGAAUUACGGUUGAUCCUGUUACAUCCGUUAUAUCUGCAUCUGAUUCAUGGUGGAAAGAUCGUGAAGUAUGUAAGAUUGUAAAAUCAUUUAAACGAAAACCGCCUGACUUUUGGGAUGUGAUGCAACGUUGUUUCAUCUUACAUGAUGUACAAUCACAGUCUCAGUACUCUGUGCACCAAAGAAGAGAGGAGUUAAUGAAUGAGGGUAUAGAUAAUGAUGAAAGUCAAGUUCCUGAGACACAAGAAAAUGAAGAGGUGUAUCGCGUUAAUAUCAACGAUGAAACACGUCCCUCUAAUGAAUUCACCCAGGAUCAUUUACAACAUAAUUCUUCACAUGCUCCUCCAAUUCAUACUCCUGCUUCAAGAGUUCAGCAACAAGGUGGACUAAGACGGGAAGUAGUUCACAAAGAGGGGCAUGAAGCUCAUGAAUCUCUAUUGGAAGUGGUUCACGAGGAAGUCGUAGAAAACAGUCAUUUGAGGCAACCCUAACAGAUACAAUGAAUGGUUUCAGAGAGUUUCAGCGCCAAAGUUUACAACAAUUACGUCCAAAUUUUGUCGACCAAGAUGAUUACGAAUAAUUUGAUAAUGCUGUCAAGAUAUUUGAAUCGUUGGAGCUUCCGAGUGACACAGAUUUUUAUUGGGCUUGCAUUCAUGCAUUUAAAGAAGAAAGAUUUUGGCGUAA